AUUUCUCGAACCAUCAAAAAUAAGAAGCAAAAUCGUUCGGACAUCUCGGCGCUUAUCUCGCAUCUCCGGGCCGGAACAGUUAUCAUUGCCACUCUCAGUUCAUCGCAUCUCCCCGAGAAUCUUCAUCGGCAAUCGCCUUUUGGUGAAAAAUGGCAUCACUAACCCCACCUCUUCGUCGUUUCAGCCUCGUCUUUUACGCGCCCCCCGCGUCCGUGUCUGCCUGUAAAGCCGCCAUCUUCAAGGCCGGCGCGGGCCGCUACCCGGGGCCCGGGGGCUACACGGAAUGCUGUUGGCAGGCCACGGGCACGGGGCAGUUUCGUCCGGGAGACGCGGCCAACCCGGCUAUUGGAGAGGUGGGCAAGCUUGAGGAGAUCCCCGAGGUCCGAGUUGAGACUGUGUGCGCGGGGGAGGAGACUGUCAAGAAGGUUGUCUCGGCGCUGAAGGAGGCGCAUCCUUAUGAAGAGGUUGCUUACCAGGUUUAUCGAAUUGAGGACUUUUAGUCAACACGUUGUAAGCUAUUGUUUGGGCAGCUAAAGAGGUGAAGGGAGGCUUGCUGCCACACAUUCAUUUCCAUGUUACCACCGCGGUAUUGAAGCAAUACGCACAUUUCACGACCCCAUACUGUGACUUUUUAAUAAACUUCCUGAGCAUUUC